AAAAAAAGAAAAAGAGAAAACAGCUCCUUGAAAGGGUUUUUGGCGAAGCGAAACACUGGAACUUGAAAGUCUCUACUUUCUUCUUCCUCCUCUCUGUUCACAGUUCCAUACAAGAUCCUUCCAAUGGGAACUAACGCCGCUGCCGUCGAGAAAACGGAGGACGAUCUUCGCAAAGAGAUCGAUGAGCUUCAACGUCAACAACGGGAGAUUACAGAACGGCUUCGUGAUCCUCGCGGACUCCGGAGGGUGGGAUUUGCCGGACCUGGCCCAAGAAACUUCGCCGCUAAUGGACCACGUCGGGGAUUUGUUCGACCUGGGGAAAGGAACGAUGCUGAAGACCAGCCUCCUGCUAAGCGGCGGCUAUCAUCUGCUGUUGUUAAGAUGGAGGAGGAUGGGGAGAUAAAUGAAGAAGCUGAAGGAAAGGAUGCAAUGAAGGAUACAUCUCGGGAAGAAACUUCUGGAAGUGAUACAGCCUUCCAGAACGAUGUGAAACAAAAUCAUUUACGGCAGAGUGGUUCAUUUAGAUUGGAUGGGAAUAGAAGAGGAGCCAGGAUGGAUUUUGAAGUUCCAGCAGCAGAAAAUGUUCCAAGGAUAUUGCCUAAGAAUGAGGAUCCUAGCUUAGUUAGCAGGAACAAGAGAAUGCUGGGUCAGCUUUUGGGAACGUUAGAGAAAUUCAGGAAGGAAGACAAGCAACUCUCAGGAACGGAAGCUUUUAUGAGAAGAUCGGAUUCCUUACAAAGAGCUGAGCAAAGGGCACGAGAGGAAAGCGAAAGAUUGAGGCAACAAGAGCGUGAACAAAUUGCAGAGAAACGAAAGAGAGAUCUGAUGCUCAGAGCUCGCGUGGCUGCCAAGGCAGAAGAAAAGAAGUUGGAAUUACUUUUUCUUCGAUGGAGCGAGCAUCAUAAGAAACUUUGCAAUUUUAUAAGGACAAAGACUGAACCUUCAAUUUAUUAUUUGCCAAAUAAACCAUUGGACGAGGAUGCAACCUUGGCCGAGCAGCGAAGAGACGAGGCUUUUAUGGAGUGGAAAACCUCCAGAAGGGAAGAGUUGUCCGAGUAUCAGAAACAGAUAGGAGAACAGUAUAUUGCAAAUGUUGAGAAGGACUUGGAGAGGUGGCAAAAUGCCAGGAGGGCAAGAAAAGGAAAUAACGAUGUAUCGAAUUUGCAGGAAACCAUGGACAAAGAAUUGGACACCCAUAGACUUGAGCAUGGUCCAAAGAAAAGGAAUAUCCCUGGUGGUAGCAACAACGAGGACGAGGAUGACGUGGAAGAUAUUAACGUUGGAGAGGAUGACAUGAUAGAUGACGUACUUGGUGUUGAAGAUAAUGGGCGUAGGGGCGAGGAAACAGCAAAACCCGAAGCUGAUGUUGCAAGUCCAAAAGCUGAUAAUACUGUGCAGUAGAAGCUGUAAGUACCUAUUUGAUUUCACGUAGUAGUCCUAUGUGUUUGUAUCUGUCCUUUCUUUGUCUUACUAGUUUUAUUCUUCUUGCUUUUUAAAAUUAUUGUUUGUGUUUUUUAAAUGGCACCAAUGGGGUUCCACACACUCUUUUUCAUUCUACUUUUUCACAGCCUUCAUAGAAUUGGUAGAUGCUUAGUCACCAAGUUUGUUCGAGGCAUGACUUGUAAAAAUAUCUCAACUUCUUUCGAGUCAUGACAUCAGAAACGUACUUAUGUUGCCAUUUCUUUUCUAUUGAAUAUUAAUCGACCUUUUCUUUUGAUUGACAUAAUGAAA